AAUCUAACAUUUAUAGCUUAAAAGACAGAACAAAGGCAUAAACACAUGUCAUCAAUAACAUGUUUAUGUUACAAUAAUGUUAAUUCAGAGGUGAGUUUAUUAAUAAUAUGGCUGAGAGUGUAUUUUUGUAGAUGAGGACACACUCAUUUCAUCUAAUGGGCCUGCUGAGCUGGCUUGUCUCUUUGUCAUCACGGUGUGGCUGCUCUCAUCAGCAGAAAUCCACACACACACAUGCACAUAUAGACAUUUUUACACAGAACCAGAACUACAUUUUACACACACACACACACACACACAGAGCUUAACAGAUAAACACGUCAUACACAUUCGACACACACACCUCCACCCAAGACAACAAUGUGCUGACUGCAGUCUGUGUACGGCCAUUGUUUUGCAAAGAGACCUGUGUCUGAGCAUCAGAAGUCAUUUCACGAUCAAUGCUAACACUGGUCUAUCUAUACACUGAAAUAAAAAAUAUAUAUAUUUGGAGUACGUUUAAAAAAAAAAAAACACACACAGUUUUAGUAAGUCUACUUCAGAAUUUCACAUUCAUUCAAUGCCAUUCCUUUGCAAUUAUUUGUGAAAUUAACUAGCAAUCAAGUGAAAAUUGUUUCAAAGUAAAUCUUCCACCUAUUUGCUUUCUGUUUAUGAGCAUCUUUCAAUGUAAAUGUCCUAUGGUACAUAGUUUUUCUAAUAAACCCAUGUAUUGUUCCUGAAUUGGAUAUUUGAAGUUGCAAUUGAACACAGUAGUUUUAAGACAUUUAAAAUGCCGUAAUGUUAAAAUUUUCUGCAUUAGAGCUCAACCAGUUUCUGCUUCAUUGACUUGGAAAACACACUGAUUCAUAUUAGCAAUCUUUUUCCAUUUAUAGACCAGAUACUCAUCCGCAUUACUCAUUGCAUUAAUCAGACAUCGCCUCCGAAAUCUGACUAAACUCCAGAAAACAUGUAAGCAGCGGCUUUAAGUUUGCGUUCACAUGUGAGACUAAAAACUGGAAAUAAAAAUAUUUAUAAUUGUUUGUCAUUGCAUCUCAGGCGGCAUCAAAUUAAACAUUUGUAUUAUGUGAAAAUCACAUAUAUGACCCUGGACCACAAAACCAGUCAUUAGGGUCAAUUUUUCUGGAUAAAUAAGCUUUCCAUUGAUUUAUGGUUUGUUAGGAUAGGACAAUAUUUGGCAACUAUUUGAAAAUCUGGAAUCUGAGGGUGCAAAAUUAAAAUCUAAAUAUUGAGAAAAUCAACUUUAAAGUUGUCCAAAUGAAGUUAGCAAUGCAUAUUACUAAUCAAAAAUUUAGUUUGAAUAUGUUUACAGUACGAAAUUUACAAAAUAUCUUCAUGGAACAUGAUCUUUACUUAAUAUCCUAGUGAUUUUUGUCAUAAAAGAAAAAUCUUUAAUUUUGCCCCAUACAAUGUAUUUUGGCUAUAUCUACAAAUAUUCCCCAACAACCUAAGACUGGUUUUGUGGUCCAGUGUCACCUAAAAUAUAUUUCAGUGCAAUAUGGAUUAUAAUUUCUUUCCUUAUAAAGUCUGUAAAAAAAAAACAAAUACUGUCGCAAAGACAUCUUCAAUUUAAAAUUUGAUAGGCCUGAAAUGAAAAUCUCAAGUUAUAGUAUAUAACCUUUUAUAUGAUGCACAUAAAUUGACCUAAAAUCAGAUAUUAGAAUGCAUUGCUACCUUUCUAGUGUAAAAGUUAGGUAGUGGAACAUGACCGCUCAAUGGCCGCUCAUUGGUGGAGAUCAGUUCAUUGUAAAGAGCGUGCAGAGGAAAGAAAGGACUACAGUUGAGGUCAGAAACAAAAGGCAUCCAAAGCAAAAUGCUGACAGCAGCCAGGGUCUGUGAAUCAGGGAGCCCCAUUGAAGCGGCGUCUGUAUAAAUAGCCCCACAGAUGCCUGAGCAGGAGACCGCGUGGUGGAUUCCCCUCAACGCAAACAGCUCAUUCUGUUGGGUCAGUCAGCGCUGAGAUAUCUGAAACAAUGGCUCUGACAAACCCUAUGUCAAUGCCCAUGGGACCAUGGAAGAUUACUGUCUAUGAUCAGGAGCAUUUCCAGGGCAGGCGUUGUGAAUUCACCGCUUGCUGCCAGAACAUCAUGGAGUACGGGAUGGAGACUGUCCGCUCCCUGAAGGUGGAGUGUGGCGUCUGGGUAGGUUUUGAGCACUCUACCUUCAAUGGCCAGCAGUUCAUCCUGGAGAAAGGAGAUUACCCUUGCUGGGAGGCCUGGAGUGGCAGCAAUGCCUAUCGCAUUGAGAGGCUGAUGUCCUUCCGCCCCAUCUAUUCUGCUGUGCACAGUGAUUGCCGUAUGACACUUUUCGAGUGUGAUAACAUGACUGGAAGGCAGUGGGAGGUGUGCAAUGACUACCCCUCCCUGCAGGCUAUGGGAUGGUGCAGCAACGAGGUCGGCUCCAUCAAAGUCAUGAGUGGAGCCUGGGUAUGCUAUCAGUAUCCUGGUUAUCGUGGCUACCAGUACAUUAUGGAGUGUGACUGCCAUGGAGGCGAGUACAGGCACUACAGGGAGUACGGUUGCCAUGCUCAGACCCCUCAGAUCCAGUCUAUCCGUAGGAUCCAGCAAUGAGAGGAACCAGCCGUGUCCUUCCUCCCUUCCCUCCCUUCUCCCUCCUUCUGAGCCCUUCAAACUUCCACUUCCUCCCUCCUUCCGCUCCCAGCCAUGCGAGAUGGUUUGUUGAUCCAGACGGCAGGCUGGUAUACUGGUGCUACACUAAUUUAACAAGUUCACAGCAUGUUUUUAUCAACUACACGAGGAAAGAAAGACAAACUAUUGACGGCAGGAACGAUGAGAAAAAAAAGCAGAAGAAAAAGUCCAGCUGAACGGACGUGGUGCGGUGAGAAGCGGGAGUAUUGCUCUUCUUUCAUCAUGACUUGAUCAUCAUGAUCAUAGCUAAUGCGGUUUUCAUUGUCAGCUUCUGUAUCCUAUUUGAUGAAUAAAGAACAUGAGCCUAACAUCUAAAGACACAUAAAAAAUACAGAAUAAUUGAUAUCAGCUGACUGUGGUGUGUGGAUCUUUCCUGGGCUUCAGUGAACAUUAGAACAAACAUUGAACUCUCACAUCUCAUCAGUCAUUUUCAGAAAAUGUGAAAUGAAUUGUUUAACAUUAAAAUUUGAAAUGAAAAGA